AUGGGUGACACUACUGGUUUUGCUUCCCGUUUCCCAGGAAACCUCGACCCAAGAGCUCAAGAAUUCAUUCCAACCACCCAUCAUCAUUUACCACCUUUACUCUUUCCGCAUCUUUACGUUCCUUACGCUUCUCCACCGCCUUACCACCAGUUCUCUCCUCCUCCUCCUCCGCCGCCGGCGUUCGUUAGCAGCGACCACCCCUCUCUAUUAAGUCCUCCUGGCAGUACCUCUUUGCCACCUUCUUGUAACAUGCCGUCACGGGCCUUACUCUUGAGCAUGGUCCCCGCUGACGUCAGCGAGUCGACGGUGAGGAGAGAGCUGGAGGUGUUUGGUGACGUCAGGGCAGUUCAGAUGGAGCGAGUUCGAGACGGGAUCGUCACGGUUCAUUUCUACGACUUGAGGCAAGCGCAGGAGGCGUUGGCGGCAAUUCAAGAGCAGCACAUGCAGCAGCAGUUCAGAUUGAGGAGGCAUUACGAUGCCGUCUUUGCGCAGAAUUCCGUGGGUCUUAAUUUACUGCCUCCUCCUUCACAGCUUCUGCUGCCGCCGCUUCCGCCGCCAGGACGAGGGCUCAUAGCCGGGAGGGCUGUCUGGGCUCAAUAUACAGUCCCCGUGGCUUCUACGCUUCCGGAUGGGAAUAACCAAGGGACUCUUGUGAUAUUCAAUUUGGAGCCCGAGGUCACCCCAACUUACCUCAAGCAAAUUUUUGAAGCCUUUGGGCCUGUUAAGGAAUUGAGAGAGACACCAAUGAAGAGGCAUCAAAGGUUUGUGGAGUUUCACGAUACUAGAGAUGCAGCAAAGGCCUUGUCGGAAAUGAACGGGAAGGAAAUUCAAGGUAGGCAAGUUGUGAUUGAAUUUAGCAGGCCUGGUGGUCAUAGCAAGAAAAGUUCAUCAUCAAGAGCCAGCCGAGGCAAUACUAUGGCCACUUUCAGCGGACUUGAAUAUUCUUUAACAAAUUAUCAAGCAAGGCCUUCACGUAACUUGCCACCAUCUCCACCACCUCCCAUGUCUCGUAAAAUAUCUGGUCGGCCGCUUUGUAAAUCUCAUGAUAUGAAAGCGGCGAGUUUUCAUUCCAAGGGAAACCCUAAUGGAAAUGGUGAUAACCGGAGCUCUAGUUCGAGUAAUGCCUCGGUUCAAAAUUCAAUGGCUUCUCUGAGACUUGUUGGCCAAAAUGGAAGUCGAAAUGUAGGAGUACAGGAAGAAUCUUGGAACUUUAGGCCGUCGAGUUCAAAGAAGAAUUGCAAGAAGAGAGGAGGAAAUGGUGCAAAUAUUGCAAGUGGUAGUAGUGGGACGGCUACUAGUAGUAGUACUUCUAAGCAUCAACAACAACAGACCAAGGGUAGUCGACCGUGGAAAGGUUCAUCUAGACAGUCAAAGGAAUACGAUCCGCGUUUCUUGAUAAACGAAGAUGCGAUUAUAGAAUCAAAUUGCCCAGAUUCCAGAACCACUGUCAUGAUUAAAAACAUUCCCAACAAGUACAGUCAGAAGCUACUGCUGAACAUGCUAGACAACCACUGCAUCCACUGCAACGAGCAGAUUGAUGACGGCGAUGAUCAGCCCUUGUCUUCCUACGACUUUGUCUACCUUCCUAUUGAUUUCAUAAACAAGUGCAAUGUUGGAUACGGCUUCGUGAACAUGACCUCCCCAGAGGCAACCUUGAGACUAUACAAGGCAUUCCACCGUCAAAGCUGGGAAGUCUUCAACUCCCGCAAAAUUUGUGAAGUUACCUAUGCCAGAUUACAGCUAGCCACAAGUUUGAAAGGAGAUAUUUGUAGUCUUCUCACCGUCACGAGACGGGCGGAGAUUGACGGAGCCGGUCCCGAUCACCGGCCGUUCCACCGCAGCUACCCACCUCUUCUUCUAUCUUCUCCAGCAAGUUCCAAGGAAGACUACCAUUCGGAAGAUUACGACGAGAUAGACGGUGGAGAUUCGCAGGUCAAUGGAGUAAAUGGCGAUGUUAAUGAUGAUGUUGACGGGAAUGAUGAGGAUCAAGAAAUGUGCAGCUGCGGUGGCAAAAGUAGUACUAGUAGGAAUGGGUGUAGCAACAGCAGUAGCUGCAGCAGCAGCUCAAACGGCGGCGAUAGUGGAGAUCCGUGUGAUGAUAGCGAUGACGUUUACGGUGGAAGACAAAAACAGUAG